AUGUCACUCGUUAGACGCGCGCUGCGCAAGAUUGAGCUCCCGGAGGACGAGAGAGGGAACCGAUGGCAAAACGAAGAUAUUCUGCCCGUUCCCCCUGAGCGCCAGACCUGGGGGCCUCUUCAGUUCGUCGAACUAUGGUUCCUCAUCAACUUGAACAUGUCGACCUACCAGACAGGUUCGUCGCUGCUGGCUUCUGGCAUGACAUACUGGCAAGCCAUCAUUGUCAUCUUGGUCGGCAACGCCCUGGCUAGCUUUUUCGCCGUCCUCAACUCGGUCUCUGGUGCUCAAAGCCACAUUGGCUUUCCCAUUGUCUGCAGAAGUGUCUGGGGCAUGUGGGGUGCAUAUUUCCCGAUCCUCAACCGUAUCUUGACAUCCAUCACUUGGUACGGAGUCCAGGCUGUCAUUGGAGGAAAGAUGAUAUACGUUUGCCUUCGAUCAAUCUGGCUGGAUCUCGAUAAGAGAAUUCCAAACACCUUUCCAGAGGGCGUUGGAAUCACCACUGCACAGUUCGUGGGAUACGUGCUCUUCAACUUCCUGUGUGCCAUUUUCAUCUGGUUCAAGCCCGGUCAGUUGCGCCCAUACUUCCACGGUGCGUCGGUCGUCGUCGGCAUCACUCUCUUCUGUCUUCUUGGAUGGGCCGUCGGCAGCAGCAAAGGAUACGGCAGCGUUUUCAGCGCAAAGACCACAAUCAGCUCCUCCGAGUUGGGAUGGCAAAUGUCCGCUGGCGUCAUGAGUGUGAUCGGCAGCAUUGCUUCGGGUAUCUUGAACCAGAACGAUUUCACCAGAUUUGCAAAGCGUCCAAGCCAUGUUACCUACACCCAGGCCUUCUCUUUCAUGCUUACCAGCUCCCUAAUGGCCAUUAUCGGGGUCAUCGUUACUGCUGCCACUCAAAACCAGUAUGGCGACGGAACGGCUCUUUGGGAUCCUAGCACCCUGUUCAUGGCGAUUCAAGACAGGGAUGGUUCCAGAGGUCGAGCAGCUGCUUUCUUCCUGGGCAUCGUGUUCAUUGUUUCGCAACUGUCCAUCAACGUCGUCGGCAACGUGUUGGCUGGUGGCCUCGAUGUUGCCAGUGUGUUCCCCAAAUACAUCAAUCUUCGCCGCGGUGCAUACGUCCUCGCUGUACUCAGUGUGGCCCCUGUCCCAUGGCAACAAAUGUCGUCGGGCGGAACAUUCUUGGCCGUCCUCUCAGCAUAUGCGGUCUUCCUGGGCCCCAUGAUUGGUCUUUUGUGUGUUCACUUCUACCUCAUUCAAAAGAGAGUGUUUCACAUCCCCGAUCUGUACGUCGGCUCGAAGAAGUCGCUGUACUGGUAUUACUAUGGCACCAACUGGAGAACAAUUGUCGCGUGGGUUUGUGCUGUUGUCCCCAGCAUGCCUGGGUUCGUGCAUUCCGUCAACCCAAGCCUCCACGUCGCCGUAGGUGGGACCAGAAUUUUCAGUCUCAGUUUCGUCUUUGGGUUUGUCGUCGCCGCUCUCAUUUCUUACGUGCUUCACAUCAUCUUCCCGUACAGCUAUCCCACUCAGACAGCCCUCGAGGGUGAAGCAGAGCUCCGUGCUAGUUCUGAGUCUGAUCAGGCGGAGCAAGUUAUCGAAGAAACAAAGGUUGCUUAG